AGCGCAAAAAGCUGACAGCAGAGCGGAUGUUUACGCCGCGCGGCUGAUUCAACAUGCUCCUGCCCCCUCUUCAAAGCCAAAACGCAAUUUUCCUGUGACGGACCGGGACGGUUUGCGCACACGGUGCCGUUUGGAAUAUGCGCCUUUGGCGCAAGGCGCGGACUCUGCGUGUGUCGCCCUUGUGGAUUUCUGUUUCCAUGCGCGUGUUUUCGGGCAGCUUCCUUGUGCAAGCGCUCGUGUCGCAGGCCGCCGCCCGUCAGAGCGGAUAGAGCGCCUCGACGUGCGUUUUGCUUUGUGCGCCGGGACGACGUAGGAUAGGCGGGGGACACUAACUCGGAAGACGCGCAAUCUUUUUCAACAUGUCGGACGGUCCCAGACAGCGAGGCGCUUCUUCCAAGGAUGCUGCCGGCGAGGAGACCGGAGAAGGAGGAGGAGGAGUUGCUCUCAAGAAGGAAAUUGGCCUUGUGAGCGCCUGCGGUAUCAUAGUUGGUAACAUUAUUGGCUCGGGAAUCUUCGUCAGUCCGAAGGGCGUGAUGGAGAACGCCAGCUCGGUGGGCGUGGCCCUCGUCGUGUGGAUCAUCACGGGCAUCAUCACCGCCAUCGGCGCGCUCUGCUACGCCGAGCUGGGCGUCACCAUCCCCAAGUCGGGGGGGGACUACUCCUACGUGAAGGAUAUUUUCGGAGGCCUGGCCGGGUUCCUGCGGCUGUGGAUUGCCGUGCUGGUGAUCUACCCGACCAACCAGGCCGUGAUCGCGCUGACGUUCUCAAACUACGUCCUGCAACCGCUGUUCCCCACCUGCUUCCCGCCAGAGUCCGGCCUGCGUCUGCUGGCUGCCGUUUGUCUCCUCCUCUUGACCUGGGUGAACUGCUCAAGCGUGAGGUGGGCGACCAGGGUGCAGGAUAUAUUCACGGCAGGGAAGCUGCUGGCGCUGGCCCUCAUCAUCAUCAUGGGAAUCGUGCAGAUCUGUAAGGGAGAGUACUACUGGUUGGAGCCAGCCAACGCCUUCGAGCCCUUUCAGGACUACGACGUGGGAUUGAUAGCCUUAGCCUUCCUGCAAGGCUCCUUCGCCUACGGGGGUUGGAACUUCCUCAACUAUGUGACGGAGGAGCUCGUGGAUCCUUACGUGAACCUACCCCGCGCCAUCUUCAUCUCCAUCCCGCUGGUGACCUUUGUCUACGUCUUCGCCAACAUCGCCUACGUCACGGCCAUGAGUCCGCAAGAGCUGCUGGCCUCGAACGCCGUAGCCGUGACAUUUGGCGAGAAGCUCCUGGGAGUGAUGGCGUGGAUCAUGCCCAUCUCGGUUGCUCUGUCAACUUUCGGGGGAGUCAACGGUUCCCUAUUCACGUCAUCAAGAUUGUUCUUCGCGGGGGCCAGAGAAGGGCACCUCCCGAGUCUGCUGGCCAUGAUUCACGUCAAACGCUGCACUCCUAUCCCGGCUCUGGUCUUCACCUGCCUGUCCACGCUGCUCAUGCUGUGCACCAGUGAUAUGUACACCCUCAUCAACUACGUAGGAUUCAUCAACUACCUCUUCUACGGCGUCGCUGUCGCCGGGCAGAUUGUGCUGCGGAUAAAACAGCCCAACAUGCACAGACCCAUCAAGAUCAGCCUGAUUUGGCCGGCGAUUUAUCUUCUCUUUUGGGCCUUCCUGGUCAUUUUUUCACUUUACUCCGAGCCCGUGGUCUGCGGCAUCGGCCUGGCCAUCCUGUUCACCGGCGUGCCCGUCUACUUCCUGGGUGUCUACUGGGACAACAAGCCAAAGUGCUUUGACGCAUUUGUCGACAAGAUGACAUACUUGGGUCAGAAGUUCUGCGUGGUGGUUUAUCCCGCGGAGACGCCGAGCGACGGAGACGAGGGCGAGGAAAUGAAGGAGGCCAGGUCCCCUCUGUCCAAAGAGCAAGCCGAAACUAGCAAAUCGGCGGACUGCUGAAGCGACGACGUCUGUGCCAGAGUUCGACGUAGAUUUUCUUACCCCCUCUCUUACUCCAUCUUUUUUUAAUCUCUGUGCCAAAUAUGCUGUGAUAUUUUUUUUUUUGAGAAAUCUCACCCCCAUAAUCUUUCACCAGGGUAUUUUUUUUUCCCCCAAAUGUGCAAUUUAAAAAAAAAAAAAAAAAAAAGGUUCGCUCAUCGUCUUCACACUCCUGUAACAGUAUCAUCCCAAUACUUUCUUCUUAUUAUUAUUAUUUUUGUUAAAUGACUUCACUGUGAGGACAGCUUUGUUUACUUUUAUUUCAACCUUGUACAUUUUUGCUUUUUCUACAUAUUCAUCACACCAAAAUUGAUUGUUUGAAACCAAAAGCUUUCACGUGGCGAAGUACGUGAAGCGCAAAGAUCCCAGAAUGCAGCUCUUGUUUUGUCAUUGGGUCGAUUUAGGUUGGGGUUUUUUUUUUUCCUUCUUUUUUUGCAAUAGUUUAAAAAAUGUUUAAUUUUAGAUCCCAGCAGCAUUUUCAUCUGCAACUAACCAACUACUCUUUACGCUUAAAGUGAACCUCGCGUAUUUGUCUUUGACAUGGCUAAAGCAUUGCUUUGGCACCAUUUGGUGCAAAGGAACAACGGUGAUGUGAUAUGAAGCAUUUCAUUUCGACAAAACAAGCACUUUGGCGCCAUUUUGAGGUCGGCACACAUAAUUUGGAGGGUUGGGGGGUGUCAAUUCCUUGCGUAUUUUUAGCAAGGGUUGACCGCAUGGCAUGCGGAUGAUACGUGAUGUCGUUUGUCUUAAAUUGAUGACAUUUUGCUAGUCAUUGUGUAGGAUAUUCGUAAAAUACACACAAAAAGUCAUUUGCCGAGACGAGUGGCUUUUGUUGUUGUACUUCGAACCGUGCAUAUAACACCCCAGACACCCCCCCCCCUUUUUUUUUUUUCUUCCUCAUCACUACAUUUGAACUGUUUAUGAAUUUAAUCCCAACACCGACACCUGAAUGCCUGCGUGGAUGACACUGAAUGAAGAAAAAGAAAAGGCAUCGACUGUCUUCUCGAAAGUAUUUUUUGUAGCCGACCGUUUAGCAAAAUGAAAUUAAACGUGCACCUUUAAAUUGUGCCACCUGCAUGAUUAUUGUUCUACUGCAUCAUGUUCAAACACGUCCCUCAUAGUCCUGUACAGUACGUUUCCGUUCCUGCAAUAAUGAUCUCGGUUUCUCAGGGCAACCCAGCCUCCUUAAACACGCUGCAGACACAAAAAACACUAAACAUCUGCACGGGUUCUACUUUUAUAUUUACGCAUUCCUCUCAGGAGUCCCGCUGCCCACCCCUGAGAUUGAAAAAAAAAAAAAAAAAACAAAAAAAAAAAACACUUGAUGUCAGCAUUGCUGGGCCAGUUUUGUGUCCGUUUCUCUUGUUUCAAGUGUCUUUACGGUGACGAUGCUCAGAUUAUGUGCCUGUUAAAAUUGUGUAAACAGUUCAGCGUCUCCACGCAAAUUUUUUGGGGAAAUGUGUCAUUCAUCAGCUCCUUCUUCUUCUUCCCCUGCUGUGCACGCACGAUUCAGUUUUUCCAGGCCUAUUUUGGAAAAUCCGAUUGAGAUUUUCGAGCGUUCCCCGUGGCAGAACGCGGGGCAUGUAGAAUGGAUUGCGAUAGGGACCAAAUGUUCACGUCACGAGUGCAUUUUUUUGGAAGCUUCCAUGUGCGGAAAUGAAGAGGUCUUUUCUUUUAUCUCCUAAUCAGGAUUAUGACAGAUAAGGGUAGAACAUACACGCUCUGAACUGAGAUCCUGUGGCCUUCAGAUUUUUCCACCAGUGUAUGUUGAUCCCUUAAAUUGUCUGCGUUUGUUUCAUUAUGGCUAAAAUUGACAAGAAAAAAAAAAGACUGUGAUGUCGUCACGCAGUAAUUCAAUGUAGUUUCCACCGCAUUAAAGGAUUUGUCGUUGCUGUAAUUUGGGAAAUUUAUUUUAAUUACUGUCGUCAAUUAAAAAAAAAACUAUAGUAAUACUUUAGCCAUAUGGUACGGGUAUAUCAAUUUCAAAUCUUUGAGAAGACAUUAACGCAGUGUGAAACAAAAGCCGGCUUGUCCACAGUCUGCCAUCAGACCAUCACCCGACAUCAAAACAUUUCACUUUACAAGUGCACCGAGUUGUCAAGAAACGUGAACGUCACUGCCUGGCAGGGAAAAAUGAGCUUACGACGUUGUUUGUCCAAUCAGGGAAUGGGAUGCAGGCGAUUUCGGAGUCAAAUUUAAAAACAUAUCAUUCACCUUGUUGCGUGCUAGACUCACGACGUGCUUGGAAUUUGAAGACUUUCAAAUGUUGUUGUUGUUGUCAUCCACCUGCUACCUUGAAUUAAACUCGAGGUUUUCAAA